UUAACCUAUUCGGAGGUUAACGCCUUCACUACCACACCAUUCGUAUCCUUCUUUUCUCCUUUCUCUCUCUUUACUUGGUCUUCUAGUUGAAGUCGUCGAUUUGUUCGACUACGAAGAUGUCGUCUGCUACAAGAACUGGUAUUUCGAAACACCACGACCAGCGCCAAGGUCUGAUGUUUCAUUGUUCUUCUUAGACUUUCACAUGUUUCGAAAUCCUACACAUAAUGAAAACUUCCGAUUAGGCUUACUCAUGUGUUGUAAUUUUAAUGUCUUUUCAUUUUAUGAAUUUCUGAAAAUAAAUCAUGUUCUCAAUGGAUUUAGGGCAUCAUUUUUUAAAAUGUCCUAUUUAUUUUUGACUCAGCUAUGUCGAGCAGUUAUCCUUACGUGUUUUCGAAAGAUGGAUUUUGUAAGGCUAUCAUUAACACUGUAUUCUUUUCUGGCUCACACAGAUGUAGAGUUUGUCAUACAGAUUUUCCAGGAAGAAUGUCAUACCAAAACUUGCUGUUUCUAA